AUGGGUUUUGGAUAUUUUGAAUCAUCAUUGAAAGUUAGGGUUUGAUAAGUCUUGAUAAGACUAUCAACAUAUAAAUUUAGAUGAAUCGCAUGACAUAGAACUGUUGUGCUUAAACUCUAAUGUGAAAUGUUUUGCAGAACUGAAACAAAAAUUUAUUUAAAAGUUGUGUUUUAUAUAUAUAUAUAUAUAUAUAUAUAUAUUUUAAUUAUAGUAUGGAAUGUAUAAAUACUAGAAAAGCAUUCUUUUUCCUGUGCAAAAGUUCUGUUAUGAUCCUUUGUUUAAUUUUUUUACAUCACUAAACCUAGCUAUUUUAACAGGGGUGUGUAGACUUCUUAUAUCCACUGUAACUGAAAUAAAUAAACUUGAGUUGAAAUACUAAAAUUGCCAAAAGUAUAAAAAAAAUAAUAAGUUAAAGCUAUGUAGUAGGCUAUUCAAUUAACAAUAAUAAUUUAAAAAAAAGCGCAUAACAAAAGUACUAACAGUUAAGCUAAAAUGAAAAUGAAACCUGAAAAUAAAUUCCGGUUAUUCAUCACUUCCCUCAGCCACAAUCCUGCUCUGUCCCCAUCUAGUGGUCUGAUACUCGAACAACAGCGGAAAAGUGGCUAAAUUGUGGUGACGUCAGACGCAAAAGAGCGUCGCUGUAUUUUCCUCAUCGAUCGCAGGUGUCUCUACCGGCCAUCACGAAGGAGUUACGUACUUAGAAUGACAUUGGGAGCGAUUGCCUCUGUGAUCCUCGCUAUAGGAGGAGCUGCAAUGUUUUCUGCUCUUCAUAAGAUUGAGGAAGGACAUGUGGGUGUUUACUACAGAGGUGGAGCUCUGCUGACCACCACCAGUGGCCCUGGAUUUCACCUGAUGCUGCCGUUCAUUACUACAUUCAAAUCUGUACAGACAACCCUACAAACAGAUGAAGUAAAGAAUGUUCCAUGCGGCACAAGUGGAGGUGUAAUUAUCUAUUUUGAUCUCAUUGAGGUGGUGAACUACCUUGCUCCCUCUGCAGUUUAUGGCAUUGUGAGAAACUUUACUGCCGACUAUGACAAAGCCCUGAUUUUCAACAAGGUUCACCAUGAGCUGAAUCAGUUCUGUAGUGUGCACUCGCUUCAGGAGGUCUACAUAGGUCUAUUUGAUCAAAUAGAUGAGAAUCUAAAGCUCACGCUGCAGGAGGAUCUCACCAGCAUGGCACCUGGACUCAUCAUUCAGCAGGCAGUCCGUGUUACCAAACCAAACAUUCCAGAAAGCAUUCGCAGGAACUAUGAACUAAUGGAGAGUGAGAGGACAAAGUUACUGAUUGCGGCUCAGACACAGAAGGUGGUAGAGAAGGAGGCAGAGACAGAGAGGAAAAAGGCUGUCAUUGAGGCAGAGAAAGUGGCUCAGGUGGCUGAAAUCAAAUAUGGCCAGAAAGUUAUGGAAAAGGAAACAGAGAAAAAGAUAUCAGAAAUUGAAGACAGUGCUUUCCUUGCUAGGCAGAAAACAAAAGCAGAUGCAGAUUUCUACACCGCACAGAGAGCAGCUGAGGCCAAUAAGCUCAAGCUGACCCCUGAAUAUCUCCAGCUGAUGAAAUUUAAGGCAAUAGCAGCUAAUAGUAAGAUUUACUUUGGAAGUGAGAUCCCUAACAUGUUUAUGGAAUCAGGACCAGGAAGCUCCUCCUCCGCUGCCUCCAAAGCCAUAGACGCCAUCUCAGAGGGGAUACUGGACUUGGAAUGACAAGAGAUGGGAUAGAACUCUGGGUUGUAGCACUGAGGAUAAAUUAACAGGUAAUGAGAGAGACUAAUGGCCAGUCAGUAGACUGCAUUGGUACAAUCAGUACAGCUGAAACCACUUCAGUAAAGUGACAUGGUGCUUUAUCAGUGGGACAGAAACGCCUGCGUUUAUACCCUAGUGACUUGAUCACAAGCCAGUGGUGCUUGAACAGAGUAUUAUACUUUUCAAUAGAACAGAAUGUGGCGCUUUAAAUUGGAAUCUGAGAAUGUACGCACAAGAUUUGUGCAUGUUUUAAGAUAUAUCAAGUUUAUAAAAUGAAACCGUCAUUAAUUUUUUUUUUGUUGUUGUUGUUUUUACACUGAGGGAUUGGUUUAUGUACUUAAUAGACAUUUUAGCAUCUUAAAGGCUCUUAUACCUCAGGGAUUAUUUUUUCAAGCCCCUCAGAAUUAAAGAGUAUGUAGUAGAUUAGGAUUUUUUAAAACUUUGUUGCCAUUUGUUUUGUUUCCCCACUGAUGGAACUAAUUUACUGAGAAAAGAUAUCUCUUUCAAGAGAUAAUUUGUAGUGAGGACAUAGUUGUGUAAACCAACAGCAUAGGUCAUGUGGUAACAGUGUAGCAUAAA